AUGGCGGCAAGCUACCUGCGGCCGCAAUUGAUGCGGUCGUCGAAAGCUGCUUUCGAGUGCGCAUUUUGUGCCACACGUCGCUCGACCCAGUUCACCAGAUUACGCGCCGCAAGGUCGUUACGAGCCCCACUGUCACGAUCGUAUGCAACAGUAAAUCCUGGUGAUCCGAAACCACCGUCGGAGGACGAGGAGAAAAAGAAACACCAAGCCAGCAAGGCAGAGAAGGCGGAGAAAGCAGAACAAUCCGCAAAUGAGCCGGAGAAGGGGAGUCCAGGUGACGAGUCAGAGGCGAAGCAGGCCAGCAGCUCAGACUUCCCUCCCAUGACGGCGGAAGAAAGACAGCAGAUCGACGACAUUGCCAAGAUGAUCAAGACGGGCCUGCCCAAGUCCCAGGCCGACGCUGUCGACGAAGCUGCCGAGGUGAUCAAGAAGGGUGGCAUGCCUCAGGAGCUGCGGGACGUGCUGGAGGCCAGGAAGAAAGAUCCUACCAAGCGGAUCGAUCUUGGGACGACGGUCCGGCUGGUCAGCCUCUUUACCAAGAUGUCUCGCAUGACGGCCAAGGAGGUUCGAGAAAAGUACGGCGUCAAGGGCACGGAGUCGGCCAAGAACGAGGCCCAAGAGGAGACGCCUCUGUUCGAGCAGUCGAACAAGAACAAGGAAGGCGGUAAGCAGCGCAAGGAGAAGCAACAGGGGCAGCAAAGUGGCGGGCCGAAGGUCUACGAGCUGAAGCUCGACGCCAGCACCAUGAUCAUGACCGCCUUCAUCACAUACUACCUCUAUCGCAGCUUAUACCCGGGCGAGUCUAGUCGGGAGAUCACAUGGCAAGAGUUCCGGACGACGUUUUUCGACAAAGGUCUCGUCAACAAGCUCACGGUCAUUAACCGCAACCGCGUCCGAGUCGAGCUUCACCGAUCCGCCGUGGCCCAGAGAUACCCUGAAUCACCUGCCGCGCAACCCAAUUUCUACUACUACUUCUCCAUAGGCUCCGUCGAAGCCUUCGAGAGACAUUUGGACGAGGCACAGCAAGAGUUGGGCAUCCCCACGAACGAGAGAAUCCCCGUCGCCUACUCGGACGAGGUGCCCUUGAGCGCCGCCAUCUUCUCCUUCGGUCCUACCAUCCUCUUCGUCGGUGCCCUCUUCUGGCUCUCGAGACGAGCAGCAUCAGGUGCAGGUGGUCAAAGCGGCAUCUUCGGCAUUGGCAAGUCAAGGGCGAAGCGGUUCAACCACGAAACCGACGUCAAGACGAAAUUCUCCGACGUCGCUGGUAUGGACGAGGCCAAGCUUGAGAUCAUGGAGUUUGUCUCCUUCUUGAAGGACCCUUCCAAGUACCAAAGCCUGGGUGCAAAGAUCCCUCGCGGCGCCAUCCUGUCGGGCCCUCCUGGUACGGGCAAAACAUUGCUGGCCAAGGCAACCGCCGGUGAGUCCGGCGUUCCCUUCUACUCCGUCUCGGGUUCCGAGUUUGUCGAAAUGUUCGUCGGUGUCGGUCCAUCUCGAGUGCGAGACUUGUUCUCCAACGCUCGAAAGAACACACCGUGCAUCAUCUUCAUCGACGAAAUCGACGCCAUCGGCAAAUCAAGAGCCAAGCAGAAUUUUGGCGGCGGGAACGACGAGCGAGAGUCCACCCUCAACCAGAUCUUGACCGAGAUGGACGGCUUCAAUACCUCGGAGCAAGUCGUUGUUCUGGCGGGCACGAACAGGCCUGAUGUUCUUGACAAGGCCUUGAUGCGUCCCGGUCGCUUCGAUCGACACAUUGCCAUCGACCGACCGACCAUGGACGGUCGACGCCAGAUCUUCGCAGUCCAUCUCCGCAAGAUCGUCACCAAGGUCGACCUGGAGUACCUCACCGGCCGGCUGUCGGCGCUAACGCCCGGCUUCUCCGGCGCCGACAUCGCCAACUGUGUCAAUGAGGCUGCCCUGAUCGCCGCGCGCGCGAACGCCACCUCGGUUGAAAUGAUCCACUUUGAACAGGCCAUCGAGCGCGUCAUCGGCGGUCUCGAGAAGAAGUCCCUCGUGCUGACGCCCGAGGAGAAAAAGACGGUCGCGUACCACGAAGCCGGCCACGCCAUCUGCGGCUGGUUCUUCAAAGACGCCGAUCCCCUUCUGAAAGUCAGCAUCAUCCCGCGCGGUCAAGGCGCACUAGGAUACGCGCAAUACCUCCCCGCUGGAGGGGGCGACGUGUAUCUCAUGAACGUCAAGCAGCUGAUGGACCGCAUGGCCAUGACUUUGGGCGGCCGCGUGAGUGAGGAAAUCUGGUUCGACACAGUCACGUCGGGCGCGAGCGACGAUUUCAACAAGGUGACGCGGAUGGCCACGGCCAUGGUCACUGAGUGGGGCAUGUCCCCCAAGAUCGGCUACCUGCAUUACCGUGACGACGAGCAACGCCUGCACAAGCCCUUUAGCGAGGAAACGGCGCGUAACAUCGACGUCGAGGUCCGCCGUAUCGUUGACGAGGCGUACAAGCAGUGCAAGGACCUGCUCCUGGAGAAGAAAUCCCAGCUCCAAGCCGUGGCGGAGGAGUUGUUGAAGAAAGAGAUGCUUGUCCGGGAUGACCUCGUGCGGAUCCUGGGACCCAGACCGUUCGGUGAUCCGGGCGAUUUUGCAAAGUACUUUGACAACCAGCACGGGCAGAAGAGCGCGCCGUAA